AUGGCAUUUGACGAAAAACAAACUCAACAACAACAACAACAACUACAACAACAACAACAACAACAACCAAUUUAUGCUCCACAACAACAACAACAACAACAACAAUUUAUGGCACCACCAAUGGCAAUUGUUCCACAAGUUGGACAAAUGGCUAAACAUAAAAUUCAAGCAGAACAUGAAUGUGGUUACAAUGUGACUGGUUUUAAAAAUUGUUACCCAUCUCAAUUAUCAAAUAAUUUAUCAAGUGAAGAAUAUGCAUUCAUUGUUGAAAAAUUAAAUAGAUUAAUACAUAGUUUCAGAAAAACUGGCCUUGUCAUUACUUUACUCUAUAUUUUCGUUCAAUUCUCUUUGGUCUCUUUAUUAAUUUUCGGUUCAAUGGAUAAUUCAAUGGCUUUAAUUGGUUCUUACAUUGCUCUCAAUAUAUUAGUAGUAAUUAUCUAUAUUAUUAUUCUUGUUACAAGAAAUAGACGUUUUGUAGAAAGCUUAAAAUGUACUGUAUCAGAAAUCAAUUCUCAAUAUACUAAUCGUAAUAUUAGACUUGAAGCUUAUAGAAAAGUUGCUAGACGUGUAUUCAUUGUUAAAGCAAGAAUUUAUUAUCCACCAACUUUAGUCUUCACACAAGCUCCACAAAUGUAUAACUAUCAACAACAACCACAACAACAAUAUUAUGCACAAUCUCCAGUUUACCAACAACAACAACCACAAUAUGUUCCACAACAACCACAACCACAAUAUGCUCCACAACAACAACAACAAACCUAUGGAGGUUAUACUUUAGAUGACAAAACAACCGACUCAUCUCCACUCAUUUAA